GCCAGCCCGAGUCAGCCCGAGCCAGCCCGAGCCAGCCCUUGUGAAGCCAAGUCAGCCCGAGUCAGCCCGAGCUGAGUCAGUCCGAGCCAGGUCGAGCCAGCCCUUGCCGAGCCAGCCCUUGCCGAGCCAGCCCUUGCCGAGCCAGCAUGUCGUUCACGGCGGAGGAUCUCAACAAUGGGCAGCCGCACUGCGCGGGCAGCAAGAAGAAGAGCGGCUUCCAAAUCACGAGCGUCACCACGGCCAGGGCGCACAGCAACAGCGCCGGGGACGACACCGAGGUGAGCUUCGACCUGGAGGACGACGCCUCCACGAAGACCGAGGAGCUCGGCGGCUCCUGCUCGGACAUCUUCGACACGCCCGCCGCCUGCGCCGAGAUGAUUUUCCUCCCCGCGGCCGACGAGACGGAGCAGAGGGCGCCCGCGGAGCCUGGAGAUCGAGGGACGCCUGCGGCGGUGGAGUCGGGCGACGGUGGUGACUGUGGCGGUGAUGUUGAGGAGGUUGAGCUGCCUGCUGCUGCUGCUGCUACCGCUACCUCGGCGGUGUUCAGACCCGACGGUGGGGCACCCGCCGUGGAGGUUGUGGUCGGUGGACACGUUGAGCAAGCGAGCUCGCAGAGCAACCAAGCUUACGGUCAUCAUCAGCAGCAGCAGCAGCAGUCUCAGUCUCACCUGCAGCCGCAAGCCCACGCGACUCCGCACGGCUGCAAUUCGCGAUUCCGCGUCGUCAAGCUGGUGGAGAAGGAGCCCUUCAAGAAGGGCCGCUGGAACUGCACGGACUUCUACGAGAAGGACAAGGAGGUGGUGGGCCAGGGCCAGGCCUCUGCCCUGGCCCACCACGACGCCUGCUCCGUCGUGUCCCGGGAGAACGUCGCCUUCUCCGGCCCGGUGGCGUCCCUCCACGCCUUCGACAGCCAAGCGUACGGGCAACACCACAACCACCAACAGCACCAACAACAGCAGCAGCACCACCACCAGCACCCCCAGCAAUGCGACCCUCUCGGCGGCGAGAGCGUCCACCGGACGGGCCGGGACGUGCCGGCCUCGUCCUGCGUCCAGAGCCAGCCGGGUCUGGCGCCUCUCGCGGUGGCACGCCCGGGACUGCCGGGUUUCACUCAGGGCUACUACGAAGCUGCCGCGCCAGCGCCCAGCCAGGCGGCUGGCGGCGCCGGCGGCAACGCGUUACCUGCGGGCAACGGGGGCGGUGGGUUCUUUGAGCAGCAGCAGCAGCAGCAGUUGGGCAUGCCGGGUGCUCCUCCAGGCAUAGGUUGGGCUCCGGACAAUCUGCAGAGCGUGGCUGCCUCAAAUGUGGGCAGCGAGUCCCUGUUGCAGGCUGGCCAGCAGCAGCAGCAGCAACAACAGCAGCAGCAACAGCAGCAGCAGCAGCCGUUGCAAGUUCCGCAGCAGGGAUAUGGGAUCUGCCUCGUGGAGGAAGGGACUGACAACCCUCAGCUUCAGCAGGCCCUUGGAUUCCACGGCGGUCUCUUAGAUCAGCAGAUGGAGCAGCAGCAACAGCAGAUUCCCUCCUUCGGCGUUCAGAUGCAGCCGCCGCAGCUGCCGCCACAAGCGCUGUUACCGAAUUUGGCCGAACUGCAGAUGAGGGCCAAUUCUCCGCAUCCGCCGGUGCUUCUGCAGCAGCAGCAGCAGCAGGCCUGGCAGCAAAAAAUGCCGCCGCAUCCUCAAACAACGGACGGCAAUUUCCUCCAGCAUUCGCUGGCGUCGGCGGCCCACAAGCCGGCGUCGCCGAUCGCGCACGGGUUCCCCGCGGUGCCGAAGAGCCCGCCGAGCGCCGUCACGCAGCAGCUGAAUUCCGUGCUGGCGCAGAUGCACUCGUCGCAGGGCCAGCAGCAGUUCAUGGCGCAGAACCCUCACCUGCGGCCGCUGGGCACCGCGUCGCAAGCCGGCCCGGACCCCCCCCAGCAACUUGCGCCGAACUUUCAGCAGCAGUCCGGUCAGAGCGCGGGGAGGGCGACGCAGUCCCCGACGCUCGCGAGCGUCGGGGGCCCCCUCCCACCGCCCGGGCCCCCCCCCAAUGCCCACGUCCUCGCGCAGCCUCCGCCGGUGGCUCUGGGCUUCGAUAACAUCGUGUCGAACGUCCACGCCGGCGGCGGCUCCUCGGGCGAACCCGCCGGCGUCACGUCCCCGCUGCCCGUCGCCCUCGCCCAGACGUUCAACGUCGCCUUCGCGGACGCGGCGCGGCCGGAUGUCGCGGCGCUUCUGCCGCCGCCGCCGCUGCCGCCGGCGGGAGCCGCGGGUGCCGGUCGGUACCUGCUGGGAUCGGCCGGCGUGCUGCCUCGGCCGGAAGGCCGCCACCACCACCAGCAGCAGCAGGCGGGCGCGGCGUUCGCGGAACCGUCGGCCGCUGGCGGAGGAGCGGACGGUGCGGCGGUGGCGAUGCCCUCCUCUGGUGUGGCUCAAGGUGCGGUGGGGACGGCUGAAGACGACAGCUCCCCCGGAACCAGCAUGGUCGCUAUUGACAACAAGAUCGAGCAAGCGAUGGACCUGGUGAAGUCGCACCUGAUGUUCGCGGUACGCGAGGAGGUGGAGAUCCUCCGCGAGCAGAUCAAGGAGCUCGUGGAGAAGAACAGCCAGCUGGAGCAGGAGAACCAGGCGCUGCGCGGCCUCGCCAAUCCCGAGCAGCUGCAGGAGCUGCUGAGCCAGGUCCCGGACUCCACCCCACCACCAGCCGCCGCCGGCGACGGCCAGAACGGCGGCAACAACGGCGGCGGCGCCGGGCCGCCGCCGCAAGGCAACGCGGUGCCGUCGGCCUGAGCCCGGAUGCGUGGGGGCAGCGACGGAGGGUCGUGGCGUGGCCCACCCAGAUGGGGCCUCCACCGUCACCGCGUCACCGCCACUGAUAGAGAAUGGCGUUGCCUCAUCGUGGCGUAAAUAUAGAGGCGAAGCGACAUGGUGGACAUGAAUGAGGGAUGGCGACACGGGGCAGAGCUGUAGGUUCGAGAUACAGAGGUCGCCAUGUGGAGAUGGAGGUGUAAGAGAGCUGUGGGCAAAAGGCAAAUAUUGAUUUAGGGUGACAGCGAGAUGACGACAAUAUGUUCAGAAUGGGGUGGCCUUUCUCGCCAAACAAAGCCCGGUAACCCGGCAGCAUUCGUUCAACAAGCUCAUGCCCUGCUGAUGAGACCCAAGAAGGGUCGCAAACCAGUGCAGAGUUUUACGCUCAAAAACAACCGCCGCUGGAUAAUGUCAGUUGGCGGAGGCGAUGGGCCGUUUGUGCGCGUGCAGACGCGGGACGGAGUACCGGCCUGCGCUUGGCUCUCGCCGAAGAGAGAGAGAGAGAGAGACAAGAGAGAGAGUGUCCCGGGGAUGAGAGGCACGGACGAGCGGUCACGUGACCGGCCUUCGCGAGGUCACACGACGCCGUGCGACCGCCUGUAACGCGUGCGACGUUUCACGUGGCACGCGGCCGGUUCGUCGCACGGCGCCGCAAGAAAAAUGCAGCAGGGGAGAAUCCCCGUCGGCUUUAAAGCAUGAAAUGUGUGUGCCGUUCAUCUCUUUCUCUCUCCACGGUUUUAAAAAUGAAUGCACCCCGACUACUGCCGGUGCUGCUGCUGCUACUGCCGCGUCUGCUGCUGCUGCUAUGACUGCGAUCGUCACAAGGCGGCGACUUUGAAAAGUUGCGAUGGUUUUGGGGCGGACAUUUGCAAUUGACGUGGCGCGUUGCGUGUGUGUUAGUAUAUAUAUAAAUAUAUAUAACGUAAGGGUUAUCACUGCUUCGACAGCCGCAGGGCUGUCCGGUUCAGUCGGACACGUGGGGUCGACUGCGCCGUUUUCCCGCGGCCCGUGACAUCACGGGGGUCGCGAGAGUUGGCGGCGGCUGAUUGGCUGUUGGGGAGGUUCUCCAUCGCUGAUUGAUGACGACGAAGAUGACGAAUGGACGCCGCCGUGAAGUUCUGGAGAAGGGCGUUUUUUGAAUCGACGUUGUUCAGAUUGGAAUAACCUCGUCAAGGUGCAAUCCUAUGUAUUAUGAUGAUGAUGAUGAGAUCGGUAAAUGUAUAUUUUGUAUUUUAUUUCAUGGUCUCUGCCCGAAACGGGAGGCGAACCCCAGCAGAGAUUUGGCUAUCGUGUAAACCCCCCCCACCCCCCCCACCCCCCCCAACACAACUCUUUGAACGACUCGGCAAACGUUACCGAUAAGUAAAAGUCAUACGUGGCGGUUUGCCGUGGCGGUGUUUGUUACGAGGGUGUAGGAGAGGCCGCCCUUGCGAUUGCUCCAGACUGAUGGGGUUGGUUGUACGUCGACCGCCGCGCUGGUGCAAGGGCCGCCCGGACCCGUGGGCUCGUGCUGGUGGAGGGUUGCCGCCUUUGACCUCUGACCUGCAGAACAAACACCGGGGCGGUCGUAGGCACCCCGACUCGUGCGGUUGGCUCAAACGUGGCCACCGUGCAGGCCCGCGGAGCUUCGGCGCAUUGCUGUGGGGGGGGGGGGCCCGCUUCCGGCCGGCUUCUCGCUUGUCUGUGGGUUUUCCCCGCGCCUCUGAAUCCUAACGGGAAAAAAAAAUAUCGCGCAGCGCGUUUGCACGUCCGCGCUGUUCGCAAAUAAUGCGGGGCGGGGCGGGGGGGGAUGGGGGAGAAAUUCGUGCAGCUGGCAAAAAACAAAUGUUUGAAUCUUCCGCGGAAGCCUUACAGAUUUCCCCAUGACAGCAGCUUAACUAUCCUCCUUCCUCCUCACGCUCAAUCCACCCUGUCCCUCUCGCUCUCUCGACUCCUGCGCCCCCCUUCGCCCGAACAAUCUUCCCCCCUCCGCAUUAAGCGGCCACCUUUGCUCACGAAGCUUCCGCUCCUCGCUCACAACUCGCACGCGUUGUUCCCUAGCUCCCCUUAAUCUCCACGUCAUAACCACCACCGGCACUGUUCCCUCUUCAUAUUCUCAUUACACGGCUUUCACUCAUUUAACCCCAUUCAUGAAUGCAAUCCAUUCGUCAUCAAUUUCGCUUUCACCGAAUUCAUGCAUCAUCACGGAUUUGCCCCCCUCCCCCCACCCCCCAUUGCUUCCUCUCAUCUAUUUCAUUCACACCUCAUCUCACAUUCAUACGUCAUACCAUUGGUAAUUAUUUGUAAAGGGCCUUGAACAAGGAGCCAUGUAAGUUAUUUUAAGAUAAGAUAAGGUUAAUCCUUAGGAAUACCAGGACAGAUGGCAACCCAACCCACGUGCUGUCUACCUCAUCGCCUUGUCCCGUCGCUUCUGCCUGUGACAUUACCGUAGCGAGCGGAGCGCAGAAUCCAGAUGUACAGACCGCCGGCGGUGGAUGAACACGUCGGCGAAUUCGUUAGAGGGGUUUUUUUUUUUCUUCUUCUAAAUUGAAAUUUGGGACGUGAAAUAUUACAAUCGAUUUUCACAAUUUUUACUUUUCACAAUUUACAUUCGCUAUUUUUCAUUGGCCUUUUGGCCAAGCCGCCCGCAAUGCGCCCCCCCGGUCUCGACAGAUCCCCGCUUGGGCCUGGUGAGCGCUCGGUGCGGGGUGACCGCCACGCACGGCAGAGCAUCGUGGGCAGCGCGGAAACAAAAACCAACAAAUACGUUGCUGUACUGUACUCGUACACUCGCACAUUUACACUCCCUGCCUCCAUAUACCCGCCAGUGCACGGCCCACGCGUGGCAAAGUAUGGUCAAGUUUGCCCCCCUCGUCCGGCGGUGGAUUUGCGAUGCAAAGGUACCAUGGAUGCCUAACGCCACGAAUCGUGUCGGGACGUUUUUAUUUUUUAUUUUUUAAAGCUAAAGAAAACGGCGAUUUCGUAUCUGGAGCAAAGAUUGCGCGGGCUCAACGUGCCAUCUAGAGUCGAGUCACGCCCGCAGGAGGAGCGUUCACGAGCCAGAGUGGAGCGGCUAAAAUAAUCCUCAUCGACGUGGGUAGAAGCGGUCGUCCCCACGGCAAGGGGUCGGCGCCCCGGUCGGGGAAUGUGGAAUUUCGAUCAUCGUUUCGAACUGCGAGGGAAUGGCGAUGGCUUGGGGGGGAGGCCUUCAUUCAGCGGUGGAUUGAUCACGGCCGACGACGACGGUGGUGGUGAUGAUGGUGAAGGCUCAGUAGUGGUGGCUAUGCACGUGGCCUGUAAUCCAGCACAGCGGAGGCAGCGCGGGGGUUGGCAGAUCGCACAAGUGCGUCGAUGAGGUGCCAUAUCUUGACUCGCCAGGAGGCGGCGGUACGGCAAUUGCGGACUGCAACCUGUUCCAUCCGUACGGGAUAGAGUGUUUCCCCCUCGCACGCGUGUGGGUUUACUCCCGGGUGCUCCGGUUUCCUCCCACACGGAAGCGCUCGUCGAUUGGCACGAAAGAAACUCAAAUGUACAGGUUGCGUAAAAAAAAAAAUGUUAACACUUACAUGGGGCUAUCGUUUUUUAAUGGGAAAAGAACGGAUAAUACACUGGAACAUGAUGACAAAUGUUAUGUUUAAAAAAGUCAAAGAGUCUCCCACUUGUUCGCCAUCAUUGUCAACACACGCCUGGAAUUUCCUCCAGGCGGUCUCCAGAGCCCGAGGCACAUUUCUCGUGGUGUCGUUGCAAAUUCUCAGAAGUGUUCACAUUUUAUUUUUUAAAGCACCCCAGCGUAGAGGGCUGCAGAGCUUGGAGCGGGUUGAAGUUGUUGGCGCUGGCUCACCGCGUCGCUGCCGCCUCUCCGUGGCUUGAGUCGUUCGCUCAACCUGCUCGGCUCUCAGGAGCCAUUCGUUGAGCGAUAGAAAAGAAAGCACAUCACGUUUUCUCCGUGCCAAUAUUUAACAAAGUGCGCUCUCUUUAGCCUCUGAUAAGCGAGAGAUAUUUUUGACCAGUGCCAAGCGAUAAAAGAAUUGUUAAAAGGAUUUGGUGUUGGGGUGGGGCGGGAGGGGGAGAGGUUUUGUGCAAGUUCCCACCCACCCCCCCCCCCCCCCCCCCCCCCCCCCCGAUUAACAAGUAGGCGACAUUGCACCAGCCGAUGCGACCGAGUGCCAACGUUGGCCGGACGUUUGCACGUUUACUGGGAAAUGCUGUCAGUAUUUCACGCAAUCUCUAUGUACCGUAGCUUCACACGUACACACACACACACACGCAUAAUCUAUUUUUUAAACUGUUCAAAAACAACUGGUCCAAAAAUUGCUGAGUGUUGGUGACAAUGUAAGAUAAUACGUUUGCUAUGGUUUGGACACAUUUCGAGAAUUGAUACCAGAAAGGAAAGUGAUAAGUACCGGGGUGCCAUGGUGGCGAGAUGUUGACUACCUCGCCUGGUAUACAGGAGGUCGUGGGUUCGAUCCCGACCCUGACACCUGCUGCUGCUGCUGUAUAUUUGGAGUUGGCGUGCUCUCC